UGUACAAACCGGAAAUUAAAAUUCAAAAACUCAAAACCUAUCAAAACGACAAAGGAGUACGCUUUGUCUUGCUGCGUUUUGGAAUAACCUUUUUGUUCUCUUCUCUCUUCUUUCUUUUUCUCAGACUACUCACUGCCCGAAGCCACUACUACUACACACAUUAUUAUCUCUCUCACAUCUCUACUAUUUACUCUUGGAUUCCGCAAAGCUCUACAUUGAAGAAGCUGGAAAUAUCUUUUUGCUAAACUAAAAAGAUAUUCAUCUUGUUCGUUGGAGGGAUAAUAUUACAGUAUGCAGACCCAAAAGGCUAGUAAUGGAUCUCCAGAUGUUCCUAAGAAAGCAUCUCCUCGAGCUGCUCGGCCACUGAAAAUGACAGCGCUAGAGCCUGACUCUUCUUCAUCUCCCAUCUCAGCUAACAACAGAACACCAAAGAACAAAAGUCCAAAAGUUCUGGACCGUAGGUCUCCACGAAGUCCUGUCUCCGAGAAGAAGAGGCCAAGCAGAAUAACUGAGCUUGAGUCACUAGUCUCACAACUUCAUGAAGAGCUGAAGAAAGCCAAAGAUCAAGUCAUUGAGUCCGAGACAUCAAAGAAGCAAGCAGAGCAAGAAGCAGAAGAGUCCAGGAAACAGCUAGAAGAACUUUCCUCUAAGCUCCAGGAGAAACAUAAUCAGGAAUGUGAUUUCAAGUCUGUUGCUAGUGGUGAUGAAAUUGCAGGAUUGGCUUUUGUUGUUGAGGAGAUCAGACAACUCAAGCAUCAGAUCGAGAAUGUGGCUUCUUCUGAAGCUAAUCACAUGAAGCAAGCUGAGCUGCGUAACUCGGAGAUUCACCUUUUGAGAGGGAACUUGAUGGAGACACUUUUCCUCGUUGAGAAUUUUAGGAACCAGGUUAGGGACUGCGAGGUGUCAGAAGCUGAAACUGAGGCUUUAGCCACCGAGACACUUAGGCAACUGGAGAACGCUAGAAAGGCAGUGGAAGAGCUGAAGUCAGAUGGCGCAAAGGCUGUUGAGAGUUAUAAGAAGAUGGCUGGAGAGCUUGAACAGUCAAAAUCAAGAAUGGUACUGCUUGAAGCUCUUGUGACUAAAGAUAAAGACUAUGAAGAAGUAUCUUCCUUAAGAUGUGAGGUAGAGCGUCUGAGAGAGGCUUUAGAAGCUUCUGAUAGAAAAGAUCAAGAGGGGAACGUAGAGGCUUCUUCUCGGUUAAGGAUACAAGCUGAGCUUCAGUCUGAGUUAAAGAUCGCUAGGUCCGAGAUAGACGAGCUAAAGGGGAGGCUGGUGGAGAAGGAAGCAGAGUUACAGUUUGUCUCAGAGGAGAAAGAUAACCUAUACCUGAAGGAGACUGAUGUUGAAGCUGAGACGAAGCAACUUAAGGAGGCGAUGGAGAAUUUAAAGGCGGAUCUGAUGGAUAAGGAGACAGAACUACAGAUAGUUUCAGACGAGAACGAGACGUUGAAGUCAGAUAUCAACAAGAGGGAGAGGGAUGUGCAAGACGUGCUGGUGAAGCUAGGGAUUGCGAUGGAAGAAGCUGACAAGAGUAGCAAGAGGGCGGUGAGAGUGGCAGAGCAGCUGGAUGCAACUCAAGCGUCGAACUCUGAGAUGGAGAUAGAGCUCAGGAAGCUUAAAGUUCAGUCUAACCAGUGGAGGAAAGCUGCUGAAGCAGCUACGGCUAUGCUCUCUGCUGAAAACAACGGGAAGUGUGAUAAAACGAACUCUCCUUACUCUGAGGAUGUUGAUGAUGAAGUGACAAAGAAGAAGAAUGGGAAUAUGCUCAAGAAGAUUGGUGUUUUGUGGAAGAAGCCUCAGAAAUAGAUAUAAUAAUUAGGUACUGGUGAUUUGGAGUUGGAUUAUAAAUAGCAACUACUAUGAGUCCGGUAUUGAUGUGAAUUAGUAAUUUGAGGACUAUGUUCUGGAAAAAAAACACAUGUUUGAAAAGAUUUGAGCUAUGGUAAUUUUAUGUCAAGUAUUCAGGAGGGGGAACUGUUAAUUCUGUUAUUGUGGAACUAGUUGACUGUUGAUAUCAAAGGCAACAAAGCCUCCGACUCA